AUGAGUAUUCAAGUGGAAGUUGAUCAUUUGAAGUUCUUUGAUAUUAAGAAUGGUCUGAGGAAUAUACAGAUAGUCGAUGACAAAGAAGAUCAAAAGACAUUCAGUAGAUUCUCAGAAGCAUCUUCGUUGGUACAGGUUUGCAAUAGAUAUGGCUAUUUGAUAUUCGUCAAUUCGAACGAUGGUCAAUUACUAUUGGCAGAGAUAACACCACUUCUUAAAUCAUUGUUAUCGGGCAAUGAUAAUGAUGACGAUAGUCAAUCGUCACUUAAAAUACCACUCAGCACAGUACAACAACACAUCAAGAGUAUAGCAAUACCGUCAUUGAAACAAAAGAGAAAGCAAUCAUCGAAAACUACAUUGUUACUCACAGACAAUGAACAGUAUCUAGCUAUAUCUAUAUCAUCAAAUCUAUCUAUAUAUUCAAUAAAAGAUUUAAUUAGAAAUAAGAUAAAAGCAUUAGUAGAGUUUGAAUUUAAAGAUCAAAUCGAUACUAUUGAAUGGAAUAAGGAUAACGACAGAUUGUUGGUAACUACCAAUGAUGAUAAUCUCUAUAUCUGUUCAAUAAAAGAAUCUAGUCAAGAUUUAAUAUGUGCAGAUUCUGUAAAGACUGCUUGUUGGAAUCAUAGUAAUAGCGAUGAAUUAUAUAUUGGAUUAGCUGCUGUUGGUAACAUCGAUUUAAUAUCACUUAAUGAUAUCGAUACACCAAUCGUUACAAUUGAGAUGCCAGAAGAAUUGAAAGAUCAAGACAAUCAAAGUAGGUUAACAACUCUUUCUACUUUAUUAUAA